AAUAAAUCAAAAUGUGAUGUAACGAAAUGGGCGGUCACCAUUGGCCGGUUUUUCAGCCAAUCAAGAGUCACUGCGGAAAUGACAUAUGGACGCUAAAGAUGGCGUCAGAUUCAAACGGGCCCUGGAUACAUUUUGCUGGUUAUUAAAGUCAGCGCAGCAGCGGAGCCAUGCAGGCCGAACCAGCGGAGCGGAGGAGCCAGGCUGGCCGGAGCAGGCGGGGGGAGAGCGGGCAGGGCCGAGCAGAGCCGCGGGGGGCCCAACCGAGAGCCGGGAGGAGCUCCGGGGAGCAGACAGCAAGGUUGAGAGAGACCGUCACCACCAGGCAACAGAAAGGGAGGCAGGCAGGAGAGAGAGGAAGAAGAGCGGAAAGGGAAGGAGAGGAAGACGAGGGGCCUGAGGCAGGAGGAGGAGGAGGAGGAGGGAGGGACAGGAGCCGGGGACACGGAGGACGGAGGAGGGAGAGGGAGGUGAGAAGCAGGAGGGCGGCGUCGGAAGGAGGUGAGGACGGCGAGCAGUCGGAGAGGCUGAGGUGGAGAGUCCAUCAGCUGGAGAAGGAGAAACUGGGGCUGACGUCGAGCCACAACCAGGAGCUGUGCAGGCUGCAGGCGGAGCUGACCCGGCUGAGGUCCUCCGUGGAGCGAGGAGAAGCUCAGCGGGUGGAGCUCCAGUACCAGCUGACCGUGAGCCGGAGAGACGCCGGCCGGGCCUCCGAGCUCAGCAGAGACAACCGCGCGCUCAUAGAGCGAGCAGCAGAGCUCCAGCAGACAGUUCAGGAGCUGCAGAAAGCUCUGGACAUCACGCGGCAGGUCAGGGAGGAGGACCAGCAUGCUUUGCAGCAGGAGGUUGAGGAGCGCGACAGGCUGGUUCAGAACUUCAGCUCGGAAAACCAACGACUGCACCGACUGCUGCAGGAUCACGAGGAGGCCCUGGAGGAGUCAGAGAGGAGGACGGCGGAGGUGCAGAAGGAGAGGGAGAAGGAAGCCGAGGCGAACGGGCGACAAGCCAUCGAGCUGAAAUACCUGAUGGAGAGAGAGGAGAGGAGCAAGAGAGAGCAGGAGCUGUCGGCUCAGAGGCUGGAGUCUCUGCAGGCGAGCAUCGAGGCGGAGCGAGCAGCUCACCUGGAGUCCAGGUUCAACUCCGAGAUCAUCCAGCUGCGGGCGCGGGACCUGGAGGCGGCGCUGGCGGUGGAGCGGUCCGGCCAGCAGGAGGCGCAGUGCAGCCUGGAGCUGCUGAGAGCUCAGUUCAGAGAGGUGGAGCGAGCUCACAGCCUGGAGAGAGAGCGGAGCGGCAGCACUGAGCGCGCUCUGCAGCGGUUGCAGAAUGAGUACGAGCAGUGCAAGUCUGACCUGAGCGUCGCCUUGGAAACGGAGAGGAAGACGACCUCUGACCUCACAGAGAGGCUGGAGGAGGAGGAGAGACGGCAUGCCAACACACACACACUGCUGGAGCAGGCAGCUAGGCGACGGUCUGACACGGAGGAGGCCUUUGUGAACUGCAUGAAGCAGAUCAGAGAAACACUCCACACACACACCUCCGCAGGCACUAGUCCUGCAGCAAAGCAUGAUGGGAACCGGAGUCCUUCUGCUGAAGUCCUGCAGCUGCUGAAGACGACACUCGGCACCUACCGACACACACUGGAAAAGACUGAGCAACAGGUCCAGGAUCUGCUGUUUGCAUCAGAGAGGCUGCAAGAGGAGAACCAGACUCUCCGACAGCUGACCUCAGAUCAGAGACAGCGGGUCGAGGAGUCGCAGCAGGUGUCGACCAAACUGGGGGAGGAGGUGACUCGCCUUCGCCAAGAGAGCUCUGAUUGGUCGACGACGGAGGAGGAGGAGGAGGAGGAGAGGGAGAGGAAGGAGAGGGAGAGGAAGGAGAGGGAGGAGGAGGAGAGGAAGAGGAAGGAGAGGGAGAGGACGGCAGAAGUCCAGCAGAUAACUGACGUCUACCAGAAAGAGUCAAAGGCCCGUCUGUCCUUCCUCUACUGUCUCUACCAGCGCCUGCUUGCCGGCUGCGUCCUACUCGAUCAGCCCCAGAGCAUCCUGGGUAAUUUCACCUGGAAGGAGCUGUGUGACGUCAUCAGCGAACAGGUUGACCGGCUGACCUCUGACCUCCGGGAGGCCAACGGCAAGAUCGCCCACCUGCAGAGUGUGUGUGAGAGGAAGAGUGUGUGUGUGCGUGAGCUGCAGCGCAGCCAGGAGUGUGUGUUGUCUCGUCUGGAGGAGAGCGUGAGGAGGAGGGAGGAGGCGUGGAGCAGCCAGCACACACACACUGUGACCCAGCUGCAGAACGAGCUGCAGGUGUGCCGCUCUCAGUGCGACUCCCUCCGAGAUCACGCCUCCUCUCUGGAGCUCCACGCCUCCUCGCUGACCUCUGACCUCUCCCGGAGCCGCGGGGAGGCGGCCUCCUUCCUGGCGGCCUGCGCCCUGCUGGCCGGAGCGCUGAAACACGCUCACCGCCGUCUGCAAACGCUCUGCGAACAGAAAACGCUCCUGUCCAGACGACUGGCGGAGAGGGAGGAGCUGGAGGAGGAGGUGAGGACGCUGGCCGGAGCUCUGGGAGGUGAGGAGGAGGAGGAGGAGAGGAGGAGGAGGGCGGUGAGGCGGUGGAGGAGGAGCGUGUGCGUGGUGUUGGCGGUGAGGAGGUGGCGAGCACUGGCCGGACAGACGACCGUGUUGUUCCGGCUGGAGGGCGGCGGCGGCGGUCCGGCUGUGGGCGUCUGCGGAGAGUCGGCUACGGCAACACGGAAGGGCCGAGACGUAGCGAGCACAGAUAAAGAUGAUGAUGAUGAUGAAGGUCGCGAGGGUGCGUUCGCUCGCUGGCUUCGCUCUAAACGUCUCUCCUCCGCCAUUCUGUCCUCCAUGGCCGACCUGCAGAGGGCGCUAGCACACACUGGCUCCUCCCCUGCAGACGUGAUGUCAGCGGCUCGUUCUGGUUUGUCCCGCCUCCUCGUGCACCUUCUCGACCAAUCAGACGCGGCGUCCGGCCCGUCCCCCCGCGGCGUGGACGAGGACACGCUGUGCGGCCGGCUGAGGCUCGGCCUGAGCAGACUGACGCCUCCGCAGCCCGACAUGAAGGCGCUGGUGUCCGCCCUCCAGCAGCACUUCCUGCUCUUCAGCCAACGACUGCACUCGGCCGAGGUGGAGAGGCGGAGCCUGAGGCUGGAGGUGGCCAAUCUGAAGAGAGGACUGCGACAGGAGAGAGAGGAGACCUGCAGGACGGUCCCAGCAGAGCGGUUCAGCAGUGUGUGCGUGGAGCUCCGCCAGGCUCUGAGCCGGGAACAGGAAGCUCACGCGCUCGUCCAGGAACAGACCAAUCAGCUGCACGCACUGCAGCUCCAAGUCAACGCACACACCGCCGAGCGCACCGACGCGCAGCGCGCCCUGAGCCAGGCCACACAGUCUCUGUCGGAGGCCCGGCAGGAGGUGAGCCGGAAGGAGCGCUCGCUGAGGAUUCUGGGUAAGCACCUGUCGGGGGUUCAGAGGGAGAGGAAGCAGCUGGAGGAGAGACUGCAGCGAGUCGAGGACAAGCUGAGGGACGCCACCAGACGUACGGAUUGUCUGAUCAGCGGCAUAAAGGCUGCAGAGAAGAGCUACAAGGAGGUCAGAGAAAGCCUCGUCCAGUCACGUCACUCCCUGUCAGCUCAGCCCCGCCCCCUGCUGUUACCCAGGGAACACCUGGAGCUGAGCGGAGCAGAGAGCAUCAUGGGAGCUCCCGAGGUGGCAGCGUGCCAGAGUCUUCUCUCCACCUUCUCUCAGCUCUAUCACACCUGCAGCUCCAGGAUCGACUGGCUGGAGCAGGAAGUCUCCGCCCACCGCAGUCAUGUGACCGCGCUGCGCAGCGAGCUGCAGGACGCCUGUCUCCGCGACAACCUGGCCUACGUCCCAGUGGCUGAGUUUCCCGAAACCUUUCCGUUCGCUGACGUGGAAACGCCUCAACCCGUUCCGCUCUCUGAUUUGUCGAAGGAGCCAUCAGUCGGUUUAAGUACCGCCCCCUCCCAGACAAGCCCCGCCCCCUCCCCUCCCCUCUCCAAACCCCCCAGGGCCAAAACGAAGGAGAAGAAAGCCGCGAAGAAGAACAGAGGAGGACACGUGAGAAGAUAGACGGACGGACAGACAGGAAGUGAGAGAGACAAAAAGACCGCCCACUUCCUGUUGUAGUUUUAGCUGUUUGUAGUCCUGGAGAUCCUGGAAUACUAUUUUCCAGACAGGGAAGGACUGGAGAGAAUCAGAGUCUUAGUUUUGGAAAGUCAUGGAAAAGUUUUGGGGUUUUGUGUGUGUUGAGGUCAUGGAAACUCUUCAACAUACUCAUGGAAAGUCCUGGAAAGAUGUGAAGUCGUUCAUCAGUGUGUGUGUGUGUGUGUGUGUUCACUACACACACACACACACACACACACACACAGCUGUUUAGUGACAGACAACUGAAGGCCAUAUGGUCGUUUUGUGUGUGUGUGUGUGUAACCUUCAGUAAAAUGUUCCUGCUCCUGAAAGUGCUCGUUCGUGUGACCGCAGGUUUGAUUCCAGCCGGUCAGCCAUUCAAUAACACGUUUAACCCGGUUGCUGUAAAUAUACAUCAGUGAUCAGACCUUAUUGUGGAAGCGUGGCUCUCUUAUUUGAACUGUAUUUUAUUUAUUUAUUUAUUUACUUACGUGUUUGACUUUGCAGAAACCUGGUUACCGUACGCACGCCAGGAGAAAGCUACCCGGGGAAAUCAGGUUUAACCGGCCCCCGAUUCGUUUACGUGACAUUUUAAAAAAAACACCAGCUCGCUCGAGGGAGCCGAACUAAAGUUCACGUAAACGCACUGCGAUAAAGGCAAAACACCGAAAAGAAGAAAGUCUUUUAAUGCGACCAAAGCUGCGAACAGAUGCUCACGCGAGGUCACUUCGUGCGCGGCCAUCUUGUGACAGCGCGGGCAGAACUGCAGAGCGGCUCUGUUGUUACGUCUACGGCAGUGAAUUACCGCCAGCUCGGCGUCGGUUUCAGUUCCUUCAGGCGGACAGAAACUAAACCACAGGACUUCAGGGCCUCGCUCGUGUCAGAUGAGAGGACCUGCCUUCUCGACUCGGUGCUUGUACUUGACGGCUUUAGUUUCUUUACAGAUCGCAGUGUUUCAUCCCCUUCCUGUCCAGGGAAAACCCCGUAUCUCCAGGUGUUAGUGACGAGCUGAAGGAUGAAGAGUUUCCUUCAUGUGCUGAGGAAACGUCGAGUUUUUAGAGAUGCGUGGUUCUCGCAGGACGGCGACGCUACAGACACGUGAUGACCUUAUAGACCAUGAUGCAUUGCUGCAGGUUAAACUACCCAACAGUAUAUAAAGCAGUUAAAAUGAGCUCAACCUUAAACGUCUGCAUCAGUAAAAUGCAACACACACAUGAAUGCAGAAACAUCAGAUAUAAUAAACACUGACAGGAAGCGUUUUACUGCACAGGGACGACUUUUACUGUCACACUUUCUCUACAUGUUGAUGAUUAUACUUAUAUACUUUUACUUAAGUAGGUUUUGAAUGCAGGACUGUUACUUUCACAGUGUGGUGUUUGUACUUUUACUGAAGUAAAGCGUCUGAAAAACCAGAUGUUAAAAACAUGUAGAUGCAUCCAUCUCUCUACGACGCGACGUUUGCUCCCCUGAAGUGCAACUCAUGCUGAGUGAUAGCAGCUAGGUGAUAGCAGCUAGGUGAUAGCAGCCGAGUGAUAGCAGCUAGGUGAUAGCAGCCGAGUGAUAGCAGCUAGGUGAUAGCAGCCGAGUGAUAGCAGCUAGGUGAUAGCAGCUAGGUGAUAGCAGCCGAGUGAUAGCAGCCGGGUGAUAGCAGCCGAGUGAUAGCAGCUAGGUGAUAGCAGCUGGGUGAUAGCAGCCCGGUGAUAGCAGCCGAGUGAUAGCAGCUAGGUGAUAGCAGCCGAGUGAUAGCAGCCGAGUGAUAGCAGCGAGUGAUAGCAGCUAGGUGAUAGCAGCUAGGUGAUAGCAGCCGAGUGAUAGCAGCCGAGUGAUAGCAGCUGAGGAAGCUGCCGCAGCGUCUUACCUGAGUGGUGAUGGAGCUGAACUCAGACUUGUUGAUUUACCUGCGCGAUCAUUUUGGAGGCUGUUGACUGUUAAUUAAACGGCACUACAAACACUUUGAACACAAACUGAACCUUAUAACCUCCAUGAAUAUAUUGCAGGACCAUUGUGUCGUGCCGGGCCGCGUCACUUUCAGCGAGGCUCGCCCGAUGAACUGGCGGGCGUGAGGCGCUCGAAACGAGCCGAAGAUGCUGGAAAUGUAGAAACGAAGUGAGAAAAGUUUUCAACCAGAAGAAGAAAAACACGACAAACAUCUUACUACUGCUGCAUCAGCACCACUGAGUGUGUGUGUGUGUGUGUGUGUGUGUGUGUGUGGCUUGUUUUAUUAUGUUCGUGGGGUCCCACUAUACUUGUGGGGUCCGACAGCUUUGUGGGGACCAAAAUGCUGGACCCCACAAGUUUAAAGAGCUGUUUGGUUUUAGGGUUAGGCACUGAGGUGUGAUCGUUAAGGUUAGGAGCUAGGCAAUCUAUUAUGUCAAUGGCACGUCCUCACGAAUAUAGUAACACACUGAUGUGUGUGUGUGUGUGAAGUCUUCGCCUCUGUGGAUUUCUAUCAAAGUGUGA